GAUGCGGUCACUGGCCACUGGGAGACAUUCAGGAUCCUCAAAAGUCCAAAAAGGACUAAGAAGAAGGUCAGCUAAACGAUGAACAAAACCAACAAUUUCGAGAAUUGGCUUCUGGAUUCAAUUGUCUCUGGCUAGCUAUGUGCAUCACCCUUGUUUAUUAGCACUUUAUUAAACAAAAACGAAGCAGCUGCUAGUUCAUCUUAAAUAGUUUCGGAAUUCCAUCGUUGUACAAUGCUCUUUAGAGAAGUCAAAAACGCCAACAAUAAAUCAACAACUCAAGUUCUUCUUGUUCUUUUUUAGCAAUUUUCGCAGCCCAUUUCAGCUCCCAUAUGCCAGACCAUCAAUACAGCCGGACCUCCACUAAAACAUAUGCCUUUCUCGAAUUGACAGGAUGGAAGCCAGAAACAGAAAGAGCCAUCAACUCUUCCUUUUCAGUUGUUUUUCCUUCCGUGGAGUAUACACAACCACUGGUUCUAAAUACUACUACUAGUAGUGUAAUGCAAAGGCGUGACAGCCCUUUCUACGUCAAGAAAAUACUAGUAAAUGACAUUGCACCACAAGAAAGGCCUAUUGCCAGAGCCAGAAACCAUAAAGAUAAGUUAGAAAGCAAAAGUAGAGGAAAAACCAAGUUAAAAUCUGAACGCCGAGAAUCAAAAAAAGGUUACUCAUCACCUCCUCAACUUCAAAAGAGUAUACAAUGGCUUUGGAGGCUUGAACAAGAAGCUUCCGAAAGAUAGAUCAAUCCAAUCAACUCCCUCAUCAAUCUUCUGACUCGUGUCCCUUUUCUUCAUGUAUUGUCCACAUAUACAUGUCUGUUAUGCCUUCCAUGACUCUCCACUCCCACUCCAAUAUCAAUCCAACAUUCUCUCAUCUCUAUCCCACCCCAUAACCCUCAUCAUCCCAUACUUCUCAUGCACCCACGACCGCACGCAAACAAACAAAGAUAGUUUAUAAAAAGCCCACAAUCAUAACCUCCAAAAGCCCCCCCCCCCUCCUUCCCUCUAGCUCUUCAUUUUUCCCACACAUUUCUAACUUCAACAUUACAAAAACUGAACAAGCCAACCAAACAAACACACAUAGUACAGGCUAAACAGAGCCGUACAGAUAUCUUAUAGUAUAUAUAGAGAGGGAGAAAGAGAGAUUUAUUUUCUUACUUAGGCGUUCUUGGUGACUUUUAUUAUCCUCUUCUUCUUACCGAGAAAUGAAAGUGCCCUUUAUUCAAAAUCAACCAUCAAUAUUGAACUCAACGAAACAAGUGAAUUGCAACGACAACAACAACGACCUCCGCACCACCACCACCACCACCUCCAUCAACAGCAACACUUUUCUGGGCUACGAGCCAAAAUCAGUUCUCGAGCUCCGACAAAGUCCGAGUCCGGUCACCGAAAUUCCGUCCUCAAAUACCGAUAUUUCCACCGUCUGGGACGACACAGGUCUUCAGCUGGAGGAUCAUGUGCUGAAUCAUUUCGAAGUAGACUGGGAUUCUUUGAUGAGAGAAUUGGGCUUGCAUGAAGAUUCUAAUCCAACCCCCACUUCCAGACCUACUACCUUUAGUCAUUCCCAGUUCACACCAAGCGGGUCUCAAGUUCAGUUCCAAAAUCUUCCCGAGUUUCCCCCGACUCAUAACUCCUUUGAUUCUACUCUCUUUGUCCCUUCCGACAUCACCCUCCCCGAUAUCUCUACGUACCCGUCGUCUUUCAACGAUAGCUCCAUCAACUCUCUCGGGCUCUCUCAUGAUGCUCAUCAUCACAAUACCAAUCUCACCUGGAAUCCAGGGUUUGAUUACGUCGAUGAACUCAUCCGACUCGCCGAGUGCUUUGAGACCAACUCGCUUCACCUGACUCACGUGAUACUGGGACGGCUCAACCAGCGCCUCCGAGGUCCAACAGGGAAGCCACUCCAACGAGCUGCCUUCUACUUCAAGGAAGCUCUGCAAACCCUACUCACCGGGUCAACCCGUCUAACUCAGCCAUCCACUUCUUCCGAGGUUAUCCAGAGCAUCAAAGCCCAUAAGGCCUUCUCCAACAUCUCCCCUGUACCCAUGUUCUCCAGCUUCACGGCCAACCAAGCCGUCCUCGAAGCUGUUGAUGGCUCCAUGCUCAUCCACGUCAUCGACUUCGACAUCGGCCUCGGAGGCCACUGGGCUUCCUUCAUGAAAGAGCUAGCUGAUAAAGCCGAGUUGCGCAAAGCAGCCCCGCCGGUUCUCAGGAUUACCGCUGUGGUCGGAGAGGAGUAUGCAAUGGAGUCUAAGUUGAUCAGAGAAAAUCUUUCUCAGUUCGCGAGAGAACUCAAUAUCGGCUUCGAUUUGGACUUCGUUUUAGUACGUACAUUUGAGUUUUGUUCCUUUAAAGCUAUCAAAUUCAUGGAGGGUGAGAAGGUUGCUAUUCUUUUAUCUCCAACUAUUUUUCGCCGCGUCGGGACAGGAUUCUUGAGCGAUCUACGCCGCGUUUCGCCGCAUGUCGUGGUGCAUUUGGAUUGCGAAGGGUUGAUCGGGUUCGGAACGAUGUCUUUCAGGCAGACUUUGAUAGACGGGCUGGAGUUUUACUCGACGCUGUUGGAGUCCUUGGAGGCUGCGAACGGUGGUGGGGGUGCUGAUGAUUGGAUGAAUAAAAUGGAGAGUUUUGUCAUUUAUCCAAAGAUUCUGGAGGCGGUCGGGGUGGCCGGCCGCCGUGGAGCUCCGUGGAGGGAGGCUUUUGUGGCGGCCGGUCUGAGGCCGGUGGCGCUGAGCCAGUUUGCUGACUUCCAAGCCGAGUGUUUGAUAAGGAGAGUACAGGUGAGGGGGUUCCACGUGGCGAGGAGACAGGCGGAGAUGCUGCUUUGCUGGCAUGAGAGGGCCCUCGUUGCCACGUCAGCAUGGAGGUAUUAGCAGCAAGCAUAACAGCAACAGCUUUUAGCAGAAUAAGCGGCAGUCUUAAACCUGAUAAUGGGGGAUUAAAUUAAGUAGGAAGCAUGUGAUGAAACUAGUAAUUUGCGUAAGGGUACAAUGUAAUUUAACUUGGGAUUACCUGUGGUUUAGGUACAGCUUAUAUAGCUUAUGCCUGUGCUUUGGCUGUAAAAGUAAAAACAAAGGGUGGGGUUUACUUCUUGUGUUUCUUUCUUUCGCUUUCCUUUGAGCAUUGUCUGUCUUUAACUGUUUUAGUUUUUCAGCAAGAACUGUCGUAUAUGCUACUGAGCGACUGAUGUCUGAGGGCAAGAACUCACUCGCUUCGCUUCACUUUUAUAAGCUGCAAAUGCUAAAGACAACACUAAAUGAAAUGACAGAGACUUGAAUGCUAUC